AAACUCUAUUAUUACAUUUUCAGAAAUAUUACGUGCUUACACGCGUUGAAAUGGUGGACGUAGUGUUGAAGGCGCGCGAGCGUCGUUGGUUGUCCAACGAGGUCCAAGCAGACCUCUUUCUUCUCUGCAAAGAUGGGAAAGUUGCUGCGCAUUCUGCGCUUCUAGCAGAUAUUUCAGAAUUCAUCUCUUCACUGCUAGCAUGUAAUGCUCCCUGUUCUAAUUGUCGUGAGCCGACCCUGCUGCAGCUAGCUGAGUUUUCAGUAGCAGACUGUAAAGCAUUGAUCUCCCUUAUAUAUACAGGAUUUUCUAAGUUGACUGGAACGAAGGUAGAACGUGUUGUAAAUCUAAUCCAGACUCUAGGUCUCCCUCUCCAGGGUAUAGUGGGAGAUGUUGGGGACAACGUGGAGAACUUCAGGUUCAACAUUGCUGUCAAUGUUCCGGAGAAGUCUCCUCUGUCCACAUCUUCCAUCAAGAAGCCCAGCAAUAACCCUUCCACCCCGAAAACGAAUAUCCUGCGCGUGAGGGGGGCGGGUGAAUUGUUCCCCACCCCUAGUACUGGACCUUCUAUAAAUGCGCUCAACAGACCCACAUCUAAUACUCCUGUGCCUAAACCUGCACCCAGAGCUGAACCUGACACUGGAAAAAGAUCUGCGACUGAGAAUGUUCGGAAACCUGAGAGCCAAAUUCUACCGGAUGUUCGACAGCUAAAGCGGGGGCCGCCAUCAGCCAACAUAGAACCUGCUAAACGCCCUAGAACUGAAACUGCUACAAAGACUGGGAACAAGGUUAGCGAGGAAAAGAAUAAAAGCGAUGGAGUCUUCAUGCCGGAGUCCCUCCUAGAGUGCUUAGUUAGCGUUAAAGAGGAGGUGGACGACUGUCUCAUAGUUGAGAGUCCCACUCAACCCCUCCCAGCUGUACUAGAGGGAAGAGAACCCAUCAGAAAUAAGAAACUGUUAACAGUAAAACCUAAAAGGCACUUUAGAUGUCAACGCUGCAAAACUGGAUUUAUUUUCAAGGGAUCUUUUGACAAGCACAUCUGUCCCAAGGAUUCAGGGAGAGCUGCGAGGACAGCCAAAAGGUUGGAAAAGGUGGAGAAAAUGAGGCAUUCCAUUGGACCCAUGGAGGGUUUAGCAAGACUCCAGGAUGGAGCUCCAGGAAUGAACAUGAUCUCAGAGAUCGCCAGCAUUACAUUCGACGACGCCAUAUGUCCUGAAGAGCCUUCAACUGUACGAUCACCAAUCACGAUCGAGAAAAACCGCGGGAAAGAACAAGUUCGGAGACGGGUUUCCACGCCAAAUCUGCAUCGGUCUCAGGCCCCAAAUGCGCGAAAGAUUCAAACAUGCAAAUACUGUGGGAAGUUUACCAAACAGAUGGAAGUUCACCUUGUUCUUCAUCACUUUAAGGAACGGCUGUUCCAAAUAGCUAAGAGUAGAACAAUCUGCAUCUAUUGCAACGAACUAUACAGGGAUGAAAACGAAUUUGCACUUCACCUUGCAUUCCUUCAUAUUAACGUUAAUACCCUGGAGUCCUUUGCAUCUGAGAGCACAUCUUCCUCACCCGCACCUGGAGUUAAGAAUCCAAGUAAUCCCCAGCCCUUUACCUCUACCCCGAAGAGAAUAAUUACUAUCAAAAAAACAAAUGUUCUUUUGCCCAAUUCUGCAGUAGAACCCAAUACUCCGAUAAAAUCCUCGGAGUCAUUUAAAACUCAAGAGACGCCUAUUCAAAAACAGACACAACCUAUAAAACAAACUGCUCCAUCUAUUAAGGAAAAGACUGAAGAUAUACUUGACGAUGCCAUAGUUCAAGAUGCAAUUACUGCUGCUCCUGCCAUGAAGUCUGCAACGAAAGCUGACGUGAGUAAAGUGUUGAAGAGUGUCAAUAUGAAAGCCAAGUUGGAUGCUAAGAAGAUAGGAACUCCUAAACGUCGAGCACCAAUUAAAGAGGUUUGGGUCAAGAAAGCAGAUGUAUCAAAGAACGUUGAACCAGAAAAGAACGCUGAACCAGCAAAGAACACUGAACCAGCAAAGAACGCUGAACCAGCAAGGAAAUCAGAACCAGCAAAGAAAACGGAACCAACUAAGAAAGCUGAACCAGUCAUGAACACAGAACGAGCAAAGAAAACUGAACCAGCAAAGAAAACGGAACCAACUAAGAAAGCUGAACCAGCCAUGAACGCAGAACCAGCAAAGAAAACUGGACCAGUCAAGAAAACCGAUUCAACUACGAAAACUGGACCAGUCAAGAAAACUGAUCCAACUAAGAAAACCGAAUCAGCCAAGAAAGCAGAACCAGAAAAGAAAACUGAACCAGUCAAGAAAACAGAACCAGCAAGGAAAGCUGAACCAGUCAAGAAAACUGAACCAACUCAGAAACCAGAAUCGAUUAGAAAAGUUAAACCUGUAAAGGUUAAUGAGACGGUAAAGAAGAUUGACCGGAAAGUUGGUUGCGGAGUGUGUGUUAAGUGUAAACUGCCUGACUGUGGGAAUUGUGUUGUAUGUCAGGAUAAGCCUGCUUUUGGUGGGCAGGGUAAACUUAGCUGUAAGGUCUGCGUAAAGAAGGUUUGUAGGAACAAGAACUAGAACUACUAGCACUAGAAAAACUAGAACACCACGGAGAGAAGUUCAAAUUAAACCACCUAUGGUUGCAAUGUUCCUAAAUUUUGAAUUAAAGGACGGGAAAAAUAUUUACUUUUUAGCAAUUUUUCAUUUUUCUAUUUAAUAUUGUUCAUUGUUCUGAAUAGGAGAUUUCAUUGCUGAAUUUAAGCCUUUGAGGGAAGUCAUUUAUUUUCGGGAUAUAUAUAUAUAUAUAUAUAUGUAUGUAAAAGGGUUUUAAUCCCUUUUCAGUUAAGAUCCCUGUGUUAAGUUGUCUCAAAUCUUUUCUGAGCUGAAAACUUUAGAAUGCUCUGUUAAUUUUUACGUUUGAAAGUGGAAACUAUUGAAAUAUAAAUGUUCAUAAACUUUCUGUAAAAUAUUCUAAACCCAUGAAAUUGUAAUAAUUAUCAGAUUUGUCAGUCCUAACUUAUCUGAGUCUUCACAUAUUUCUGUUUUGUGAAUCUGUACGUAUGUGUAGAAUUUAGAAGUAUAUUUUAUGUAGAUUUUUCUAGUUAAGUCGAAUUAUAAAUCCAAUUUGAAGCGACUCAACAUUUCAUAAAGUAAAUUAAAAUUUUAAUUGGAUACUAUAUUUAAAGUAAAUUUUUGGAAGUUAAACCGCCUUAAAGCUAGUACAAAUUUCUCAAUCUAUCCCUGAUCAUCAAAAGUAUAUUUGUAGAUAUUCCUGAUUUUGCGCAUUACUAUAAUUUAAUUGUUUUGUGAAAAUCCGCCAGUUUUAUUUUUUAGA